AUGAUUCCUGAUUGCAUUGGAAACAUGAGUUAUUCUCUUUCGCACAUUGACCUAGAGAAGAACAAUUUCCAUGGCGAAAUACCAGAGAAUUUUAGCAAAGGUUGUACGUUACAAAGUCUUCGAAUCAACAACAACCAAGUAGAAGGGUCACUGCCACGAUCUUUGAGUAAUUGCAAAGACCUGAUGCUUCUUGAUGUGGGAAACAAUGAUCUAUAUGAUACUUUCCCAAAUUGGUUAGGAAAUUUGGAUCGGCUACAAGUCCUUAACUUGAGCUCAAAUAGAUUUUAUGGUAAGGUGGAUAGCUCUGAUGUUACAAUUUUCUUCACUGGUUUACGUGUCAUUGAUCUUUCUGGUAAUAACUUCAGUGGCUAUAUACCUACGAAUAUUAUUGAAAGUCUGCAUGCCAUUAGAGAAGGGCAUGAAAAGAAAGAUGAAUCAUUGUACAUGAUAUUUCCAUCACUUGAUGGAGUGGUGUGGUAUGCUCAAGGUUUAUCUUUCACAACAAAAGGUUUGGAAAGAGAGUUUCAGUACUUAUUAACUAGUUGGAAGGCAAUCGACUUUUCGAGCAACCAGUUUUGCGGAGAAAUUCCUAAAACACUUGGUGAGCUUCAUUCACUUAUUGUUUUAAACCUCUCUCAUAACUGUUUCACGGGUCCUAUCCCGUCAUCAUUAGGUAAUUUAUCGGAGCUUGAAUCAUUAGAUCUCUCAUCAAACGAGCUCUAUGGAAGAAUUCCAAUAGAGCUAAUAAAUCUUGGAUUCUUAGAGGUGUUAAACCUUUCUCAUAAUGAUCUUAAAGGAUUCAUUCAUGACUCCUACGUAGGAAACUCGGGUUUAUGUUGGUUCCCAUUAUCAAGAAGUUGUGAUAAUGAAGUCAAUCCAGCCAGAUUUGAUGGAGAUGAUGAUGAUGGAUUGAAUUGGAAAUUUUCAAUAUUGCUGGGGUAUGGAUGUGGGUUGGUGUUGGGACUGAGCAUGGGAUACAUCGUAUUCAGAACUGAAAAACCAUGGUGGUUCAUCAGGAUUUAUGCGAGAGUUCAACAAAAAUUUGCAAAAUGGUAG